CACAACAGGGCUGAGCUGUCUCUGGAUCUGGAUGCGGGCAUCCUUGGAUUCUGCUCUUAGCAAGGGCCCACUGCACGAAAACUUAACGGGACAACAAUGGUGCACGCCUCGGCGGCUAAAUCCGUGGCUGCUGGUCGUUUAGGGGGCCGGGGAUUGUGGUCAAUGUGACAUUCACUAGCACGCUGGUGUUGAGUUUAUUGUUCUGGUCCUAGACGCUAAGCAGCGAUUCUAUUGAGAAGAUGUUGAGCCGAUUCAUGAGUGGCAGCAUCAGGAAUCUUGAGCGGGAAUACAACUGUACCGUCAGACUGCUGGAUGAUACGGAAUAUACGUGCACCAUUCAGCGGGAUGCAAAGGGACAGUAUCUGUUUGACCUCAUCUGCCACCAUCUCAACUUGCUGGAGAAAGACUAUUUUGGCAUCAGAUAUGUGGAUCCAGACAAGCAGCGGCACUGGUUGGAGUUCUCAAAAUCAAUUGCAAAGCAAAUGAAAUCUCAGCCUCCCUUCACCAUGUGUCUGAGAGUCAAGUUCUACCCUCCUGAACCCGCUUCUCUAAAGGAGGAAAUCACUCGAUAUCUUGUCUUCCUGCAAAUCAAGAGAGACCUCUACCACGGUCGGCUCCUGUGUAAAACCUCGGACGCGGCCAUGCUCGCUGCCCACAUCCUUCAAGCUGAGAUUGGUAAUUACGACCCUGGGAAGCAUCCUGAAGGUUACAGCUCCAAAUUUCAGUUCUUCCCUAAACAUUCGGAGAAGCUGGAGCGCCGGAUUUCAGACAUACACAAGACAGAGCUGAUUGGACAGACACCUGAAACAUCGGAGCGAAAUUUCCUGCAGAAAGCCCAGAUGCUGGAGACAUAUGGUGUUGAUCCACAUCCAUGCAAGGAUGUGUCCGGGAACCCAGCUUUCCUCGCCUUCACACCAUUUGGUUUUGUGGUGCUUCAGGGAAACAGGAGAGUUCAUUUUCUUAAAUGGAACGAAGUGACCAAACUGAAGUUCGAAGGCAAGACCUUCCACGUACAUGCAAAUCAGAGGGAGAUCAUCUUGACAUACUUUGCGCCCACACCGGAGGCAUGCAAGCACCUUUGGAAGUGUGGAGUGGAGAACCAAGCUUUCUAUAAGCUUGAGAAGUCAAGUCAGGUUCGAACGGUGUCCAGCAGCAACUUGUUCUUCAAGGGCAGCCGUUUCCGUUACAGUGGUCGAGUGGCAAAAGAGGUGAUGGAGCAGAGUGCCAAAAUCAAACGCGAACCUCCAGAAAUACACAGAGCUGGCCUCGUGCCCAGCAGAAGUUGUCCAUCCAUUACACACGGGCCUCGCCUAACCAGUGUGCCGCGCACGCGGCGGCGAGCUGUGCACAUAUCUAUCAUGGAGGGUCUGGAGUCAUUGCGUGACAGUGCCCACUCUACACCGGUGCGUUCAGUGUCCCAUGGGGACUGCUUCAUGCCACGCUCCCGGAGCCAGGCCACGGACGCCAGUGAGAGGACUGCGGUGAUCUCGGACGAGGCCUACAGCCCGUCUGACAGUGUCCUGCCCACCCCGGUGGCCGAGCACAGCAUGGAGCUGGCUGUCUCGCGCCAGAUCAACGGGGCGCCCUGCAGCAUCGAGGAGGAGAAGGAGUCGGAGGCGGGCACCCCGAUGCGCGGGGAAGGGGGUGAUUUUGGUGCGGAGGAGGGUGCAGGGGGGGACUCGGCCCUCAGCGAGGUGGAACAGGUGAAUAAAUUUGUCUUAAGUGUCCUCCGUUUGCUCCUUGUGACCAUUGGACUCCUCUUUGUCUUGCUCCUCCUCCUCAUCAUCCUCACCGAGUCAGACCUUGACAUUGCAUUUUUACGUGAUAUCCGCCAGACCCCCGAAUUUGAGCAGUUCCAUUACGAAUACUUUUGUCCCCUCAGGCGGUGGUUUGCCUGCAAGCUCCGCUGGGUGGGCGGGUUGCUCAUUAACAAGUGAGAGUGAGGUCGUAGAGUUCGUAAGCCUGUUCAGGGGUCUGAGAUGACGGUUUAGGACUCCGGAGUGAUGGAGGGCAGCCUCGUCCCAACCAUGAACCCUGCUUGUCUCAUCGUCCUCCUGCAGCUUGGACCACUCCUGGUAACACCGGGCCUGAUCUCUCUUCCCCUCCUCCACUUUGAGUUAACCCCCCCUACCCACCCAACCACCUCCUCGUUUCGCUUGUUUUUUUCUCUUCUUUUUCUACAAAGCCUAAGGACUUUUUGUUUUUGCAUUUUUUUUUUUUUAAUUUCAACUGAUUUCAGGUAUUUUAUUUUUUCAAAUAACACAAAGGAAAAAAAUUAAAACAGAAAUCAAAGAACUGAAGAGGUUUAAACGGUUCCUUUUACAGGAAGAUUUUGUUGCAACGGAUGAACGUUGCCUUCAUUUAUUAUUUAUUGCUUUUAAACAUGUAUUUGCAUAAGGAAAGGAGAAAAUAUGAACAGCAAUCGAGAAGUUGAUUUGUCAUUAAAAUGAAGAUGGAAGUGAGUUUUGUUAAGAGUUGAUAGGCCUACUGCUGUGAAGUAUAUGUGAGGCAAAGUAGUAUAAUAUCUUUCGAUAUUGGUUCAUCCCCAUCAGAAGUCAACUAGACAAAUGUCAGAUUCAGAAAAAGCAGAACAAUCUGAAGGGAAUAAAACUGAUAGCGGGCAGGGUGAUUAAUGCCUUUUCAAGAAUAAGGCACCAAGCUACAGAAAAGGUUGAUUUGUGGAUUGUGUACAAAGUAAACUGAUGAAGAACAACGUUGUAACAUUUUAUAGGGAUACAGUCAAAUAAACCAGUACCAAUAGUGUCAGAUGCGGUUAGAGAAAUAUUCAUGAAGAGCAAAGAUUCGCUGGCACCAAUAGAUAAGUCUAGAUAGAUGUGCAAUGCUUAUAUGGUUUUAAUAAUGAAGUACUUUUGAAUGUGCUCAUUUGUUCAGUUGUUCUGUUAUUUCUCCAUUUAAUUUGAUUUGCAUUUUUCUCAUCAAGUUGAAAUUCGAUGAAUUUCAAUAAUUUCUUUGUAUCAACCUUGCACUUAGGUUUAUGUAUCAUACUAUAUUAUUAUUAGAAUAAGAAUAAUGAUGUACUUUUUGUACAAAUUAGUUUGUUCUAGUAGUUUUCCUAAUAUAUAUUGACAGGUUUUCCAUGUAUAUUUUAACAGAACUGAAAUGUUAUUUUGUUAUUGAAGAUUAAAUUAUACCUUUUUUAGCGCUGUGUUUCAAGUAAGGUCAGAAGCAUUUAUGGAAAUGUGGAAGUGGGGACUAAAAAAACAAGGUUUUUAUCCAGAUCCACUCAACACUCAUCAUCAGUCCACCAGCAGCAAUCAGCCUUCAGUGUGUGCAUCAUUUUAAUGAUAAUGUUAAUGAACAUGUAUUUGUACAGAAUGAAAUCUGGAGAUAUCAUUAUACCACCACAAGAACCAAAUAAUCCAAAAGCACAUUUUCACCUUUCAUAACUUUACCAUAUCUCAUUUUACUAUAAGAGUUUGGAGAGGUGACUGUGAGCCUGACCGAUACUUUUAAAAAGUAAUAAAACAGAACUAAGGCUGAAACAAUUCGUUAAUCGAUUGAUAGAAAAUUAAUUGGCAGCUUUUUGAAUAAUUAGCAGCCAUAUUUCAAGCAAAAUGGCAAAUAUUUUCUGGUUUCAGCAGAAUUUCUCUGUUUCAUAUCAUUGUAAAUUAAAUAUAUUUGGGUUUGAGAGUGGUAAAAACAGAUUAAAAAAAAUGUUGGCCUAUUUUGAAUAUGUCACCUUGGGUUCUAAGAAAUUCUAAUGGAUUUCUUUCACUAUUUUCUGACAUUUUAUUGCCCAACAAUGAAUGUAUUCAUCUAGAAAAUAAUGGGCAGAUUAAUCAAUAACGAAAAUAAGUGUUUGCUGCAGCCCUAAAAAAACAUUUGUCAUUAAUAAAUGAAGAAUGAAGAAUUAAAGGGGACCGGAAACACACUCUCUUUGGUGGAGGUAACAAUGUAGUCUGCUUCUGAGGUACCUUAUGCACUUUGCUUGCACACAAAUCUUUUUAAUUACGUACUUUAGUUAUUUCCUUACAUUAAUUUUCACAUCACCCAAAAUAGAAGAAGACACAAAUAUUUCUGUGAAAAGCUGAUAUUGGCGAAUAAUAAUCCUUAGAUUUGUCUGUCAGGCUUGAGACUCUUCGGACUCACAGCUCCAGGAAGCAAUAACUGCCAUGGCUGCUGGAUUAUGGGUAAAAUCAGUUUUUUGUAAUGUGUGUAUACCUCCUGCACCAAGUGCAGGUGUAAGUGUUACUGUGUCUGUAUGUAGGAAUGGAAAUGAGAUUAAAGGUUGUAGCAGUGAAGGAUUAGAGAGGUAAAAAAGUAAUUAAAAAAACUUUUGCAAAAGGCGAGAAGGACUUAGUGGAAGGAAAAGAGAAAGGAAAUACAAUAAGAAAGAGGUAGAGAAGACUGAAGAAUAUCAGAGGCCUUCAAGAGGUUUUUGAAAGUGGGAUUUAAAAAACAAAUUGGGAAUGUAAGGCACUUGGUGACUCACCACUUCAAUGGCUGCACGGGGUUGCUUGUUUUUGGCCUGCUAAUUUAAACGUCACACUCUCAUACCAACACAUGCAGCUGCUCCACUAAAGGCCCGAUGGUGCUACCUUCUUUGUUUGCUGUAUUGCUGUAUGUGUAAUCCGAGCGCGUCAGGCCUUGGCUAAAUUUUAGUGCUGACCAUAGAGUAGCAUGCACUUUGGCGUUGUGGCUGGAUCCACUCCUGAAGCUCAUUAUCCUUCACUAGUUAUCUGUGGUGGAGGGAGCACCGGUGACAUUUUUUAGCGCAAUGCUAGAGGGAAUGCCAAACCAUUAGAGCUACCUUGGCGAGAAACCUGUCAUACAUGCAGUGUAGGAGCUUAUUUAUGUCAAGAUAAUAAUUUGUAACUCGGAUACAACCAGUAAAUGGCGAUGCAAAGAUGAAGAAAAUUUUUCCUAACAGGGGUUGGAGCAGGGUGGGUGGGUUGACUUUUUUUUGGUGUACAUUCAUACUUCAUAUUUAUUACUUCUUUACUGACCUAAAGGUCAACAUGACCAACCAGUGCAGCCGGGCUGAGUUGUUAGCAGGACAUCUUUUAAAGGUCAGUCUGCAAAGGUGUUUCUCAUACAUCUAUCAGCAUUAUGUAGCUUCAGUGGUCUCUCUGAACAUGCAACAAUAAAAAAAAGGCAGCAUUAUUCAAGGAGCAAUAAUCAGCUGUAAGAGCAAAAAGAUGUGAUUUACAAACUUGUGUAUGAAAAUCCAACGAUGAGUAAGUCAAAUAUGUCCUUUCUGUUUCUAGAAAACCACUUACCAAAUUGCUGUUGUGCUGGCUCUAAAAAUGAUGUGACCACUGAGACACUUACUGUUGCAUUCAUAUAUAACAUUUUAUAAAAAAAAAAUAGAUUUUUCCUUAGAGACCUCUUGUGUGGAUAUUUGUUCUGCUGUUUUCUUUGCUGCUUUAUUGUUAAGUGACAGAUUGUUCCCUGUGCCUGGAUCCUAAAUCUGCAGUUUACCAAAGUGACAAAGAUGAAGGAAUGGAGAACGAAAGACACAACAUCCCUAACAACUGUACCACAGACUACUCCAUCCUUAAAUCUCCCAGGCCAAGCAGGAAAACCAGUUGUUUGUAAUGUACUGGGCAGCCCGAAGUGUCUGUCUUAAAUUUGUCUUUACAGGUUUCCUGUGACAAACCUGACUUUAAUUUUACAUUUCAUUUGCUGUGUCAUGUUUACAUAUUUUGCAGUUCUUUUACGUCAUGGGAAAUGGCUGCAGUUUUGGCCAGAUGUGUGACUUUGGAUGAACUUUUGAUGUGAUUGUCAUCCAUGGUUUACAAAUCACUAAUAGCCUGUCCAUUCUUAAAAAGCAGCAGUGAAGGUACAGCCAUGCAAAUACAAUGUGGUGCAUUGGAAGAUGAAGCAUUGAUUUUUGUUUAAAUUUAAUAUACAGGGGGUGGACUCAAUAACAGAAACACUCACAUGAUAUAAUGUAACAACCAAGCAACAAAAUCUACCAUUUGUGAAACUUAUAUUUAUAUUUUUUAAGGGGUGGUCAAAGGGAUGUUAAGGGUCAUUUCUGAGGUGGUACUUUGUGGUGCUUUUGUACUGGACUGAACUUUACUGUGAGGUGUUUUUGUUAUUUUAUCUACGCCCAUCAGAUGUCUUAAUAAAAGUCUUACAAACCAAUAUAUGUAUGACAUAAUCAAUUAAGUGAAUACGUUUAAAACAUUAUUGGCUGUCCUUUAAACACGUUUUUUUUAAAGGUUUAUGUUAUUUAUGAUGAAAAAGAAUUACAUAUCCAGUUUAGAUGAUCAAAUCAAGUGAUUUAUACACAAUCGGCUACCUAAGUUUAAUUCCUUGCCAAAAUCCCUGUUGCAUUAAUAUGGAUGAUGCAUGUAGAACUGAGGGGUUGAGAAAUUAAAGUAGUCAUAACUGAAGACACCUUGAUGUGCUUUUUGGCCCUCUGUCAGCUCCCAGUCGGCAGACACUCACACAGCUGUCGCAUACACGUCAGUAAGUGUAUAUGCAUCCAUGUCUGAUGGCGUGUUAUAUAGUCUGCAAGGUUCUAUCAUGGGGAUUGGAGAUUGCUGUUUAAUUAUAUUAUAUAUACACAAAUAUAUAUAUAUAUAUAUAUAUAUAUAUAUAUAUAUAUAUAUAUAUAUAUAUAUAUAAACCCAUGUGCCAAAUCCAGUUCUUGUUCAGUCUGAUCCAUUCCGAACCCAUGUUUGUACUGUAAACUUCUGUACAAGUCAGUAUAAAAUAUUGUUUCUCUCCAAUAGUCCCUUGUAACUGGUGCCAUUAAAUAAAACUAUUCAAACUUAAAAUAAACAUUGAAUAAAAAUGUGA